UGUCCAUCCAUCAUUUGAAAUAACUGCCUGCGGCUUUGAGAAGCAAUCACGACGAUCAAAUAGCAACGGAGAGAAAAAGAGAGCGAGAGGGCGCCAAAAUCUGCCCCGUCAGAUACUGAUUUUUUCAUGACCAAAAUUCUGCCGACAUUGUUAAUCUUUUGGAGCUUUGAGGUCUUCUUUCAUAUAAUCUCAGAAAGUUUUCUUUCAAGAAUUGUAAGGAAAGAAGGGGGCUGCUGGUCCAGUUAGGGCUGGCUACGUUUGUUCAAUCACGGCUCUAAAAAUAGAAACACGUAUUAAGAUUAGACGGGGAAGAUCAUGUGUACGAGCAUUCCCUAAGUUUUUGAUUGCAUCCCCUUCAUUUCACGGUGGUCGUGGUGCUCUACCUUCGGCUGGUGGGCAUCCAGCAGAUCUUACCUUCCUUGCCGGUGGUGGGUACUGAUACAAGCGUCGGAGUAAUUUGGCCUUCCUUCACUUGGAGGGUGCUGGAACAGCAAUUUUAAUAUAGUAUUUAAAUUGAUUUUCAAUUUGAAAAAUACUCUCUAUUUAAGCAUGGUUACAGUCAAACCACUUGCUGAUAACAAUUUACUGUUGAGGUGUGCAACUGAACAGUUGGGUUGUCCUCAAUUCUGUUCCCAAGGUAUCAAGAUCCCUAUUUAUUGCUUUGGUACCCAAUAUCUCAUUAACAAUGGCCUGUUUGGGGGAAUUUCAAACACGUCUGAAGAAGAACACUCUUUUUUGGAUUCUCUUCUACUUGCACAGUGGGAAGAAAGAAUGUUGAAAGGUCAUUUCAAAUAUGACAUAACUGCCUCUGAGAUUAAGAUCAUUAGGGGUAGAAGAAAGUUUCUUGCUCAGUUAAACAAUGACUGGGGUAUGGAGUGUUUCAAAGAUCCUGAGAAGCUUAAGAUGUGCCAUGAAGAGGAUACACUUGUGUUUGACCGGACAAAGCACUGUGAGGAAUUACUCUUUUGCAUUACAAACAGUGAUAAGGCAGACUCUGAGCUUAUUCCUUCAGCUGCCGUGCCUAAUGAUGCUAUCUUGAUUGUUAUCAAUGUAAACCCAGUUGAAUAUGGCCAUGUCUUCCUAGUACCUCAUGGCUUUGACAGUCUUUACCGGUUCCUGGAUGCAAGAUUCUUGGAAAUGGUUGCAAGGGUUGCUGUUGAGAUGAAUAAUUGUUCUUUUCGUUUGUUCUACAAUUGUCCUGGUCAUUCACGUCUAUAUUUCCAGGCCUGCUAUUUUCCAGAUCUUUUACCAGUGGAGCACAUGCCUGUUGAUAUCUUAUUUGAUGCCGGACAGGGUGGAAUUCAUAUCUUUACUGUCAUUGAUUACCCCAUCAAAACCCUCCUCUUUGAGAGUAACUGCAAUUUUAAGAUAAUGGUGGAGGUUCUUGCUGAGACAUGUUCUUGUUUGCUGAAUAAGGACAUCCAAUAUAACCUGAUGAUAUCAGAUUGUGGCAAAAAGUUUUUCUUGUUUCUUCAGGCCCAAACAUUGUCAACCUCCUGCAACCUUUCAGCAUGGGAGUGUGGAGGCUAUUUCUUGUUCAGGUCUAGGCAGGAAUUCGACGAAGUUACAGAGGCUGCCCUACUUAAACGUCUAAGCACAGUCUCUCUUGAUGAUGAAGGCUUUGCAGCAGUUAAACGGCUCUGUUGCAGGAUUGCAACUAAGAUUGCAACUUGAACUUAUUAUCUGAUGCACGUAUGGGCAACAGAUCUCCCAAUAUACAAUUCGAAGUUGUCUGAUGCUUAUUUUCCCACUACCAAAUUUCUUGUGCUUGGAACAAAGACUAGAACAUUGAUGGUCGGUUCUUGGAAGCUGGAGACAUCAAGUUAUCGCCAACAUGUGCUAUUACCAGGCUGUUCUUUCUCUGGUACUAUAGUCUUUUGUGUGUCUAUUGUGUAGUGCAUUUUAUCCAAUUAGUUGGACUACCUUGCGUUUCAAGAUUGUUCUGUAGCUGGAACUUAAAAUGUAUUCCAAAUCUUAAUAGUAAAUUAUUUUUGAUUUCCAAAUAAUUAAUUUCACAGGUAACGUCUUAA